AUGAUGGCUACAGAGGUCAGCAGUGAGGAUACGGGCUCGGUCACGGCAGGGACAGGGGUGGCUGGCGGAGGAGGCCCGGAGACGGCCCCUUUUCCCUACUAUCCGAACCCGGGCAGAGUGCGAGUCACUGAUUUGGGACAAGGGCCACCGCCGACAACCCUCCGCCAGCUUUCAAACACUUCUCCGGACUCGCUCCCCGACAUGAGUGUGAUCUAUCCCCUGGCUGGUGUGGACAUGGCGGGACCAGAGCUGUCCGCCACAGGGAGUGGCGGAACAGGAGGUGGACAUUCAGUUUUACAAGGAACAAACUCAGGGACUGUGGGCGGAAUAUGCUAUUCUCCCACUUCAGAUGGGCCAACUAGUCGGAUUUCACCCACAUCAUCAACAGGCCCUGAUUGUCCGCCUGCCUUCCCCCCACUGCCACCACCACCUCCUUCCCUCGCAGGCUGUGGGGGGCUCGGCGGCACCAUGGAUGAAAGCGACAUGCAGGAUGGGCAGGAAUACGAGGAAGAAGAGGUGGUGUUUCCUCUCUCUGCACCUCCCUCAAACCAGUGGUACCAUGGAAAACUAGACCGAACCAUUGCAGAGGAGCGUCUGCGCCAGGCCCGGACCCCUGGCAGCUACCUCAUCAGGGAGAGUGACCGCCGGCCCGGUUCCUUUGUCCUGUCUUUCCUCAGCAUGACCAAUGUGGUCAACCACUUCAGGAUAAUUGCCAUGUGUGGGGACUAUUACAUUGGUGGCCGGCGGUUCUCUUCUUUAUCAGACCUGAUAGGUUACUACAGCUAUGUGUCUUGUCUACUAAAAGGAGAGAAACUGCAGUCGCCCGUGGCCCCUCCUGAGCCUGUAGAAGACAGGAGGAGAGUCAGGGCCAUACUUCCAUACACCAAAGUGCCAGAUACAGAUGAAAUCAGCUUCCUGAAAGGCGACAUGUUUAUUGUUCACAAUGAACUGGAAGAUGGCUGGAUGUGGGUGACAAAUGUUCGCACAGAGGAGCAAGGGCUCAUUGUGGUGGAUCUGGUGGAGGAGGUGGGCCGGGAGGAGGAUCCACAUGAGGGAAAAGUUUGGUAUCAUGGAAAGAUCACCAAACAGGAGGCUUGCAACCUUCUCAUGACAGUCGGCCAGGUGUGCAGUUUUCUAAUCAGGCCAUCAGACAACACACCAGGGGACUACUCUCUCUUUUUUCGUACCAAUGAAAACAUCCAAAGGUUUAAGAUCUCCCCCACACCAAACAAUCAGUACAUGAUGGGAGGGAGGUACUACAACAGUGUUGACGACAUCAUUGAUCAUUACAAGAAAGAACAGAUCGUUGAGGGCUACAAUCUGAAAGAACCAGUUGCAGUGCAGCACCAGGAACAAGUACUUAGUGAUACAGUGGAUGGGAGAGAAAUUUACAACACUAUAAGACGGAAACCAAAAGAUGCUUUCUACAAAAACAUUGUGAAGAAAGGCUACCUCCUGUUUAACAAAGGUAAAGGCAAACGGUGGAAGAAUCUGUAUUUCAUCCUGGAAGGCAACGAUGCACAGCUCAUCUAUUUUGAAAGUGAGAAGAGAGCUACCAAACCCAAAGGGCUGAUCGACCUAAGUGUGUGCUCCGUGUAUGGCGUACACGACAGUCUAUUUGGCAGGCCAAACUGUUUCCAGAUUGUUGUCCAGCACUUUAAUGAGGAACAAUACAUAUUCUACUUUGCGGGAGAGGUCCAAGAGCAGGCACAGGACUGGAUGAAAUGCCUUCAAAAUUUCUGUAGUAACCUAAGAAAAACCACUGUACCCACCUCCAACAAGAGGCUCAGGCAGGUGAGCAGCCUGGUGCUGUAUGUGGAAGAGGCCCACAAGCUACCAGUGAAGUAUUUCACCAGCCCCUACUGUAACAUCUACCUGAACAGUGUUCAGGUUGCCAAGACUCACCCAAGAGAGGGUCAGAACCCCGUUUUCACCGAAGAGUUCAUCUUUGAUGAUUUGUCCAGUGAAAUCAACAGAUUUGAAAUCGGUGUCAGCAACAAAACGAAAAAGAGCAAAGAAAGUGACAUCUUGUUCAUGCGAUGCCUGCUCAACCGUCUGCAGAAAGGCCAGAUGAUUGAUGAAUGGUUCCCUCUCAGCUCCCACAUUCCUCUGAAGGGCAUCGAGCCAGGCUCCCUGCGUGUCCGUGCCCGCUACUCCAUGGAAAAAAUCAUGCCUGAAGAGGAGUACAUCGAAUUCAAGGGGAUUGUCUUGCAUAAAGAGUACCACGUCAUCUACGCUUUGGCUAACGUGUGCGGCCAAGACCGCACCUUACUGGCAAGCCUUCUACUUCGAAUCUUCAGACACGAGAUGGCAGAGGCCCCACUACUGAGGACGCUAAAUGACAAGGAGAUUUUCAUGGAGGAUGAGGCCACAACAUUGUUCAGAGCCACCACGCUGGCCAGCACCCUAAUGGAGCAGUACAUGAAGGCCACGGCCACACCCUUCGUCCAUCACGCGCUCAAAGACACCAUCCUCAAAAUCAUGGAGAGCAAACAGUCUUGUGAGUUAAAUCCUUCGAAACUGGAAAAGAAUGAAGAUGUGAACCUGAACCUGGCUCAUCUCCUCAACAUACUCUCUGAGUUGGUAGAAAAGAUCUUCAUGGCUGCUGAGAUCCUACCCCCAACGUUGAGGUACAUCUACGGCUGCCUGCAGAAGGCUGUGAAACGAAAGUGGCCCAGCAACACCACCAUGCGCACAAGAGUUGUUAGUGGCUUUGUCUUUCUACGACUGAUCUGUCCAGCUAUCCUCAACCCCAGAAUGUUCAACAUCAUUUCUGACCCCCCAUCUUCAACAGCUGGGAGGACCCUCACACUGGUUGCCAAGUCAGUCCAGAAUCUGGCCAACCUGGUUGAAUUCGGUGCUAAGGAACCCUACAUGGAGGGUGUAAACCCGUUCAUCAAAAACAACAAACAUCGUAUGAUCAUGUUUCUUGAUGAGUUGGGGAAUGUCCCUGACCUUCCAGAAGCCACAGAGUCCUUCAGGACCGACCUGUCGCGGGACCUGGCAGCGCUGCACGAGAUCUGCGCCACGCACUCGGACGAGCUCCGCACCCAGAGUAGUGACCGAGGCACGCAGCAGCACGUGCUGAAAAAGCUGCUGGCCAUCACAGAGCUCCUCCAGCAGAAGCAGGCUCACUACGCCAACAACAGGUAG